AGGGAGAGACGGAGACGUCGUCCAUCCGCUGGUUCACUCCCCAAAUGGCAGCAACUGCCUGGCUGAGCCAGGCUGAACCUGAAGCCUGGAACUGCGCCGGGUCUCCCACAUUCCCAGGGGCAUCAGCAGGGAGCUGGAUCUGAAGCGGCGGCGCAGCCAGGACUGCAGUAGGCGCUUGCAUAUGGGUGCCCGUGUCCCAGGCUGCGGCUCCACCUGCUGUGCCAGCACCGCCAUUUUUCUUUGUAAGGUGGAGGGCGCCAGGGGUGCAGAGCGAGGCCUCUCUGAAGCGACAGCCGGGCGAAACGAUGGUCGGAUGAGCGACAGCGUGCAGAAGAGGGGUUCCUCCCUGCUCUGGACUGGCCGAGAGGCUGCACAGGUGGGAUAUCCUUUGCCUCCAGGCUCCUUCUUGGGAGUAACGUAAUCUCUCCAGCAAGAAGUCAAGAGUAUGCUUAACUCCAUCCUCUCCAAAAAGGAAUGAAUGAGACGGUUAGUUAAAGAAGCCUUCAGGGACCUACAGAAACACAGCGCGACUUGAGCCACGAAAGGGCGCGGAGUGAGAGGGUUGGGGUGAGAUGGGCCAGCCAUCAUUGUGACGGCGCCGACGCCAGGCCGCCUGGCACGAACAGAGGGCAGAAAGGGCACAGCUUGGCGGCUCAGACCGACUUUUCCCUGCUCGGCCCUAUUUCAUCAACGCUCGGAGCCAACCAGGAGGGACCCGGCGUGCCCGCCCUACAGCCACCAGCGCUAAACCCUGCAGCGGGCCAAGCCACCCUGCCAGCGCGCAUGCGCUCGCUCCACAGGGCCGCCGGGGCAGCCCUGCGCAUGCGCGACCUCGCCCGCACAGGAGCGCUCAGCUGCUAGGCCCCAUCCUCUCCCUCCCGGCGAGGGAGGGGGCUGCUAGCUUCUCCAGCAGCCGUGGAGUAGCCAGGGAGGCCCAUGGACCUGCCGGAGAGCCGGGCUGGUGGCCCUGCAGCACAAAGUUACCCCUGGGAGCAGCCUGAGGAGCUGAGCCCGGGCAUGCUGCUCAGCCUAGAGGAGCAAAUACUCAACUCCACAUUCGAAGCCUGUGACCCCCAGAGCACAGGCACUGUGGCUGUGGCCCACGUGCUGGCCUACCUGGAGGCGGUGACGGGCCGGGGUCCCCAGGAUGAGCGCCUGCAAACAUUGGCCCAAAGCCUGGACCCCAGUGGGGAGGGCUCUGGGGCCACCGUGGACUUGGACACCUUCCUGGUGGUCAUGCGGGACUGGAUCGCUGCCUGUCAGCUGCAUGGGGGAUUAGAGCUGGAAGAGGGGCCCGCCUCCGAGGGAGUCCUGACCUCUCAGCAGCUGCCAUCUGAAGGCCUGGAAGCUGAGGAGCCGGCCAACCUGGAGAGCUUCGGCGGCGAAGACCCCAGAGCUGAGCUGUACCUACCCUCCCUCAGCCCCUCCUGCCCCAGCCCGGCGCCCUCCUACCCACGGGGGGGCGUGGGGGGGGGCAAAGAAUCUGUCCUGUUCCCUUCUCCACUAGAGCCGGUUGCCCCCAGCACAGCGCCUACCUGGGCCUGGGGAAGGAGGCAGGGGCUGUGGGCAGUGACCCGGCCCCUGCCCCGCCGCCGCAGGCCCGCCACCGCCGACCUGCUGAGCAGCCUGGAGGACCUGGAGCUCAGCAACCGGCGCCUGGCCGGGGAGAACGCCAAGCUCCAGCGCAGCGUGGAGACGGCCGAGGAGGGCUCGGCGCGCCUGGGGGAGGAGAUCCUGGUCCUGCGCAGGCAGCUGCGCAGCACCCAGCAGGCUCUGCAGUGCGCCAAGGCCGUGGAUGAGGAGCUGGAGGACCUGAAGACCCUGGCCAAGAGCCUGGAGGAACAGAAUCGCAGGCUUCUGGCCCAGGCCCGGCAGACGGAAAAGGAGCAGCAGCACCUGGCGGCCGAGGUGGAAACUCUUCAGGAGGAGAACGGGAAGCUGCUGGCCGAGCGGGACGGAGUGAAGAGGAGGAGUGAGGAGCUGGCCACGGAGAAGGACGCUUUGAAGCGGCAGCUCUACGAGUGUGAACGCCUCAUUUGCCAACGAGACGCCGUCCUCUCCGAGCGCACGAGCCACGCGGAGAGCCUGGCCAAGACCUUGGAGGAGUACAGGACGACGACCCAGGAACUGAGGCUGGAGAUCUCGCACCUAGAGCAGCAGCUGAGUCAGAGCCACGAGGCGGAGGGGCCGGAUGAUCUGCUCCCAGGGGCCCAGGGGAGAGGACUGGACUGGACCGCGCCGCUGCCUCCGUCGCUGGGCCUGGAGAUCGAGGCCAUCCAGCAGAAACAGGAAGCGGCGGCCGCGGACCUCUGCAGCCCCCUGUGUGGGGUGCGGCCGUGGGAGGAAGCCAUGAGUUGGAUGGAAGAGGACGCUGGGUUUCCACCUGAAGCCCCACCCGGGGACCCGAGGAGCCGCCGGGGAGAGCCAGUGAGCUCUGGAGAAGGACCGCAGGAGCCGGCCGUGUGGUUGCCCAGAAGCGAGGAGGAAGAGGAGGCGGUGGAGAGCCGGGUCACGGCUGCUGCCCCUGUCUCCGGAGACUUCCCAGGAAGCCCUGCUGAGAGCAGCCCUGCCGAGCCAGGACUCCAGCAAGCCCUGGUGCCUGUGAUAAAGGAGCUGGUCCCAGACAGGAGGCAGCCCCGGGGCCAGCUCUGCCUGCGCCCCCAGCAGCUCAGGGUUGCCCGGCACCCGCGGGUCCCAGCCCCGGCCGUGGGGCUGCUGCUGCUGCUGCUGCUCUCAGUCCUGCUGCUGGUGCAGUCCCCGGCCCCCACGUGGCCCCACCUCCAGCUCUGCUACCUCCAGCCCCCUCCAGUGUGAGGCCCCCAGGGCUGUCUCUGUCACGCCCUGUUGGUCAGUUCACCCCAAAUACAGUUGGGGACCCCGUCCCUGUUCUGUUUGCA